AUGGCAACAAAAUCAUCUAUCAAAUACCUAAGAUCUCACCGAAAGGUCAUAGAUGCUAAUUAUGCCCAAGCAAGUACAAUGAGAAUGGCUGGGUAUAGGAAUAUAGGGUUUGUUCUAAAGGACCUGUACAAUCGCGUUGAGUUAAAGGAGAAAAAGGAAACAACUAAUGGGGAUGCAGAAGGAGCUAUUGGUUACUUCAUAGGUCGAACAGCAAUAGACCCAACAUUUUAUUUUGAGUAUGAGGUGGAUAUUGAAGGAAGGCUAGAGAACAUUUUCUGGAUAGAUUCAGUGGGUCAAAUGGAUUACAAAGCAUUUGGAGACGUGCUUGUUUUUGACUCAACAUAUAACACAAAUGAGUAUCACAAACCAUUGGUUGUUCUUGCCGGGGUGAAAAACGACUUUGGCACUAUUAUUUUUGGAUCAGCAUUGCUAUCAGAAGAGACCACGGAAGCAUAUGAUUGGAUUUUAGGCACCCUCGUUAAGGCUAAUGGAGGUAAGAAACCAAUUUCAGUCAUCACAGACGGUGACAAGUCAAUGCGUCGAGCAAUUGAGCAUGUAUUGCCGAAUGCAAGACACGGCCUAUGCACCUUUCAUCUAAAAAGAAAUGCGGACACUGGAACAAAUAAAUAUAGCAUGUUUACUUCAAUGUUUGCUAAAUUUAUGAAGAAAGCAAUACCUAUGGAGGAGUUCGAGGAAGGAUGGCAUGCAGUUGUCGCAAGUUGUGGACUAGAUGGGAAUGGCUGGGUUAAGAAGAUGUAUGCAAAGAGAUCAUUAUGGGCCGAGACAUUGCUUAGAGAAUGUUUUUUUUGUUGGAAUGAGAAGUACAGCGUGGUGUGA